AUGCCGUCCGCAUACGAGUCCACGCCUGUCAGCCAACCCGAUCCAUAUAAAGUCACCGUCUUCACUUGCCCUGAUAGAGGUUCCCUGGUCUUCCGAGUCAUCUCCCAACACGGAAACAUUUCGGAUUUUCAAUUCGACUCGCGAACUCAGAAGAUGAUUCGUCCAGUUCGUAUCGUGCGUGAGAAGGAUUUGUUCCCAAAAUACUUUGUUGAUGAUGAGCGGGCUCAAACGCAUAUUAUGUUCGCGUUCAAUCGGGUGACCAAUGAGCACGAGCAAUACGUUUUCUGCUGGGAAACAAAACAACUCGAGCAAAUCCAUCAACCGGAACACUUCUAUCGCCAUGAACAUACGGCAAUGCAGUUCCGAAUGAGGUUUGCCUACAGAAAUGGAGAAACAGUUGAUAUCGUUAGAGCAAGUGAUGGAUCCGUUGAGAAGAUAUCAUCGAAGAACGGGAAACUCCGAUCGGGAACAGUGAAGACGUUGGUGGAUUAUGAUGACCAUGAUCGCUAUAUCCGUCCACUUCCGAAAUACAAGAUCAGAUAUUGUCGACACAGCGAGAAGAGCGUGAUCUACGCUCGUUACAUGAAUGGAUUUCGGAAAUUCGUCUUCAAUGAGGAUACCAAACAACUCGAGGAGCUCAAGUGUGAUGGUUGCUCUGAAGUCACUGAGGAUGACCUCUAUCCACAAUAUUUCACUCAUUCCGAUUCGGUGAACUCUUCUGUGAUUCUUGCUUGGAAUACUGUAACUGAACGAAUCGAGCAGUACAUCUUCAAUGUAAUCCUUCGGCGAUUUGAGCAAGUUCAGGUCUAUGAUGUUGUGUACAAUCCAGAAAAGAAAAAACAUCGAAUUGGAGGGAUUAUGUUUGCUCAAAAAGGUUACGGAGGGUUGGAGGUUGCCACGAUGAUCUGCGAGGAGGGAACACUGAAGAGAGGAGAAUUCUCGGAGAAACACCAAAUGUUCGUUCCGAUACAAGAGACUUCAGUCAAGACUUUUCUGCGUGUGAAGAACAACAAGACGACAUCAGAAGUGUCAUGGAAGGCGUCGGAUCUGGAUGCGUCGGAUCGGGAUGAGUAUUCGUCAGGAUUUGAGGAUGACGACACAAUUGUGGACAACUACUCGACACCUGCUGAUGAUGAUGAGAGGCUGUUGGAAGAAAACUAUUGUGCGAUGGAAUUUGCUAUCGAAAAACUUCUUUUUUAA